CUGUCCCUGAGCCCGCGCUCGGUCCGUGUGCACCGCUUCAUGCAUGACUGGAGGAAGGUUUGAUUUCGCGGAUGGCGGGAGUUACUGCGGUGGAUGGGAGGACGGCAAAGCCCAUGGACACGGCAUCUGCACCGGGCCGAAGGGCCAGGGCGAGUACAGCGGCUCCUGGGCUCACGGCUUCGAGGUGGUGGGAGUGUACACCUGGCCCAGCGGCAAUACCUACCAGGGCUACUGGACUCAGGGCAAGCGCCACGGGCUGGGGGUAGAGACGAAGGGUCGCUGGUGUUACCGCGGCGAGUGGACACACGGCUUCAAGGGCAGGUACGGGCUCCGUCAGAGCCUCAGCAGCCCGGCCAGGUAUGAAGGCACAUGGAGCAAUGGGCUGCAGGACGGCUACGGUGUGGAGACCUACGGAGACGGCGGAACGUACCAGGGACAGUGGGCUGGAGGAAUGCGUCAUGGAUAUGGUGUACGCCAGAGUGUACCAUUUGGUAUGGCCACAGUCAUCCGCUCACCUCUCCGCACUUCCCUAGCAUCGCUCCGAAGUGAACAGAGCAAUGGCACCAUUCUACAUGACAUAUCCGCAGAUAGUCCAGCUGGUACAAGAGGAGGUUUCGUCCUCACGUUUCACAGUGACACAGAGUUAAUGACAGGAAAGAAAAAAGGCUUUUUCCGAAGGGGAUCACUUCUGGGAAAUCUGAAGCUCAAGAGGUCCGAGUCUAAGUCAUCUCUGGCUAGCAAGCGUAGCUCUGCCCGGAGUGAGGCAUCGAUGAGUAGAAUAAGUUCAGCAAAUAGUGAUGCCAAUUCGACAAUCAGUUUUGGGGAAGGCGAUUCUGAAUAUUUGCCAGUGGAAGACCAUGUCGAUGCUACCACAACGGAAUCCUACAUGGGGGAAUGGAAAAAUGAUAAACGCAGUGGGUUUGGUGUAAGUGAGCGCUCAAAUGGUAUGAAAUAUGAGGGGGAGUGGUUGAAUAAUCAAAGGAAUGGUUAUGGAUGUACGACCUUUCCAGAUGGCACAAAGGAAGAAGGAAAAUAUAAAAAUAACAUUUUGAUCCGAGGAAAGAAAAAGCACCUUAUACCCAUCAGAACCAGCAAAAUUCAAGAAAAGGUGGGGAGAGCGACAGAAGGAGCACAUCGAGCAGCAGCAAUUGCCAGGACGAAAGUGGAUAUAGCAGCUUCAAGAACUGCACACGCGAGGGCCAAAGCUGAUGCAGCAGAUGGAGCUGCACAAGCUGCAAGCCAGGAAUCGGACAUUGCGAGGGGAGUUGCCAGGGAACUGUCGCCAACCUUCUGCCAGCCAGGACUGGAUUACAUUAAACAGAGAAUGCCGGAGGCAAUGGGAUACACUGAAAAGAAGGAAGACCCUCCACCUCCACAAGAGAAGAAAUCUUCUUCAGCAAAUAACAGUCCUCAUUUCUACAGGAAAGGUACAACUCCACCUCAUACUCCUGGACACAGUCCUGGCCCAACCCCACCUCCAUCACCACCAAUAUACAAGAAGACGUCAAAUACCACCUGGAAUAAAGGCUCUUCCAGCAGCGUUAACAAGGAUGUUUUGGGAGCGUCAGGGAAUAGAUCAUCAUCGAAAGGUACUGCCAAGAUGAUGACAAAGCAAGGGAAUGAGUGGAAGCAGCCCAAGUCAGCAGUUUACCCUGUCACAACUGCUGGCAAUGGACAAUUACAUAGUGCUUACCAUAGUUACUUUGUGCGCACAGACGUAAAACUGCCACCAGAAGAGCCAGAGGAAGAGUCGAAUCCUUCACCCAUUGCGCUUGGGAGGUUACCUCCACCGCCAAAGCCAAUGCCUACAAAGUCACCUGUCAAGGAGAUUAAACCUGAGCCAAAAUUGAAGAAACAGUUUUCUGUUAUUGUACCCGAACCAAAGAAACUAUUGAAAUCUCAAUCGCGUGAUGUUAGUGUGGAAGAAGUCGAAGAAAUUGUGGAGUCGAGUCCAAAUACCAUCUUGGUCAUCCUGGUGAUGCUGUUGAAUAUUGGGUUAGCUAUUCUUUUUGUCCAUUUUCUAACUUGACAAGAAUUUGCCAAGUGAAGUCAUGAAAACUAAGGGUAUUAGCCCACAGUUCUGUCCAGUUGUGCCAUCAGCCUUAUUAUUGACACCAGACCUGCUGAGAUACAGGGAAAGAGUCUUGGAAUUGGAGUGGGACUCAGGAAAGAUGAGACAUGGAAAUUAAGUCAGGGGCUGAUGUGGGCCCCGGUGAUGAUUUGCGGCUCUGGAUCCUCUGAAAACUGAAGCAAGUGGCCACGUCGUUGGAAAAUAUCUGCUGAACCAGCCUAACCACUGAAGUGCAUGGCUGCUCCAUCUGCUCUAGUGGAGUGUGACUUAACUGGAAAUGUACAGACUGCACUUUUGUUGAUGGACAUUAACAGCUGCCUUACUUUUUUACUGUCUCAACGUUUAGUUGGGAGAAGGGAACCGCUGCCAGAGGAAUGUGGUUGGACGAUUCUGUGCUGUGGAUGCAAUUUCCAGUCGUCUCUCCUAUCGCAUUAGACGUACAUUAGCAGCAUCACUCAACCAGUCUUAUUCCAUUACUGGCUGCUCCUAACAUCGUGUACAAUGUUCUGGGAGAUUAUUUUGAAAAUGUUCACACACUUUAUGCAUGAAAAUUAUGAUUUUUUUGUCACAGAUUAAACUUUUCUGUCCAACAUUUACAGCAUUUACUAAGAUCAAUCUGAAUUGGUUUCCUUUGCAUUCAGUGAUCAAAUGAGGAGCCUACAUUCAGUUUAUGUGAUUACUGAAAUGCUGGUGACCAGUAACCCAAAUUAUCAUAUAUGUCAACACUGAGAAACCACCAGUUAAGGAAGGAAUUUGUUUUGCAUGUAGAUUUUCUUUUCCAAAGUGAAGUAAAUUUUAUUGUACAUUCAGGUAGAGCAUUGUAAUUUUAAUGUUAACAGAACUGAUGCCUUUAUAAGUCUUCAGAAAUUAUAAUGUUUACCUCAAACAUAUUUUUUUUCUUGGAAUGCUGGUUGAAUCUUUGUGUCUUAAUCAUUUUAAAUGACACUAAUUAAUGUAGUUAAAGAUUAUUUCUGUACCAUUACCUUGUAUUACAUUUCAUGUUAUUGUGUUGGCAUGUUUAUUUCAAAGGGUUGAGUAUUUGGUGUGAGUAAUUUUAGAUGAAUACUCUAGAUUUAUUUUAAUCAUAAAAAUGCAAGGGCUGAAUAACUUAAAAUAAAUUAUAUAUAUGUGUUGAAGAAUGAUUUCGUAUUCCAUGAGUACUGAAUUUAAAUGUAAACUGUAUGUUAGUUUGCAUGGUUUUAUUGCAGAACUUUGUCAUCGAUACCCAAAUUAAAUUUGCAACAUGGAAGUUGGCGGUUUGUGGAAUGUAUAGAUGCUACAUAAUUCAUUAUCUGAAAUCAGUGUGAUUUCAGGUCAGUAAUAGAUGGUGUUUUGCUGCAGAGGUAUUUUCUGAAUCCAGUACAAAGUGUGAAGGAGAAAAAUCAAAAAGAUGAAAUAAAGAGAAUGAAAGACAAAUUGUUGCCAAUGUACAGCAAAUCUGACUGUGAUUUAAUUGGAAAUUAACACAAUAUGUGUUUGGGUCAGUGCAAAUGUAAUAAAAGCUUAUGUAAACCUUUUUGUCUGGCACAAAAAUCAAGAGUAGUUGGGAAUGUUUUUUUUGGAAAUGAAGUUCAUUUUAGUAAUUUAAUUUAAGAAAAGGAUUUACUUAUAUAUUAAAAUCAUGAGCUUUUCUAAGGAGCAUGAGCCAGAAACUGUUGGGUUUUUUCUAAUUGUACACAACUCUAUUUUAGCAUGAACCCUUUUUCUUUUUUUUUAAUAAAUGACAUGCUAUAUACUGCUUUAUAUUUAUCUAAUGAUGCUUCAAGUGGAUAACACUUGACAGUUGUCAAUAAAUUGUUAUAUAUUCUAAUACUUUGUCCUUUUUUGGUGUUUUAAGACAGAAUUAUUUAAUUCUGUUCUUUGUAAACUUAAAAUAUUUUAUUUGUUCUGUACAGUUUUCUUGACUGUAAUUGCUUGAGAAUAAAACUAUUAUUUGUUCCUACA